UGCAAGCUGAUGUUUUAAUAGAAGAUUUCUGCCUUUCAAGCCCACUUGGUUUACGUUGCAUUUAAUAGGAUACCAAUUACGUUAUAAUACAAUCACAGGAAAAUAUCCGUAUUAUCUCAGUCCCAGUAUACAACAUGAUGGAAACUUUUCAAGCCGUAGAAAACAAGCUGGAAAAUUCCCAGGUGGAGUUUUUGCAGGGCGCCAGGUAUGUAAGCAACGCGUACGAGAAUGCCUUUAACUCGUGGAAUGACUAUCUGGGACUGACCACUCUUAUAACCUGCACCAAAGCGGUGACCAGCAAUACUAAAAACGACUUGAGGAUGAGCGCAGAGGUAGACCUCACUUCAAAAGCGUCUUACUUCGAAAAAUCCAUGGAUUUGAAUGACUUUGGGUUUUGCUCUCACGAGGAUCUUGUUCUGGCGGACAGGUAUGCGGAGUUCAGACCUUUCUCUGGCAGGUCAAGUCCAGCCCUCUUCAACAGUUCCCCGGAGUACGUCGACCGUGAGAGGGCUCUUCAGUGGGGCAUCGUGGAUAACAGGCAUCAGAACCCACAAGCAGUUCCGAAACAAAGGGCUAAAAUGGACAUGCAAGUCUGCGUCUUUUGCAGGAAUAAUAAAGAAAGCAUUUCCCGCUACAGCACGCACAUUUUAAAAGGGCCCGACGGGAGAGUCCUUUGCCCCGUUUUACGGAGGUACACUUGUCCCCUGUGCGGUGCCAAUGGAGAUAAUGCGCAUACCAUAAAAUACUGCCCUCUCUCCAAACUCCAAGCCAGUUCCGCGAAACAACUGAAACCAAGAUGCCUGGCAGCAAAGAAGAUUCGCUAAAUCCCCCUUUAGUCAUUAACUGUGUUUUGUAGCAGCUACAUUUGAUGUUGCGUUUGAAAACCAAGACUGGCACAGAUGCUAAUGUAGAUUUUUUUCUACAAUGAGUAGGAUUAAAGUUGUCAGUUUAACUCUGAGCUCAGUAUUAACCGAAUGAAGCACUAUUAGUACAACUAAUCGACGCCUUGGAUCGUUGUAUCUCAAAUAACCAUUAACAUGCAUUUGAUUUAUUCACAGUUCUGAAAUUUUUCAGAGCUUCUUUUUCUCAAACUGUGCAAGUUCUAGUUCCCCAAGUUCCUAACAUCUCGAUUCAGGACGGUCUAAUGAACUAAAAGUACGUAUUUCAGUAGACAUUUUGCAUUUCUACUUCAAAUUGCCAAGGUUUGCCAACAUAACGAAUGUAUUGUAUUUGGAGUGAAUGGGCUUAGAUAAGUGCAAAUAUCUACCUCAGCUGUUGGUUUUAAUCCUUAGUCAAAAACCAUUACCUUUUAUGCCGGCUUUCCAUAGGUUUAACUUUUUAAGUGUACGGUUGAUUUAUUAAUCUGUUAUUUGCUAUUAAUGUGUAGAAUAAAUCUGCUUAUUAGAUGCUAAUAUAUCAGCAUUGGAUUUCUGAUUUAAUCUAAAUGUACU